CACACCCUUCCUAAUUCAGUAUUAUCACACCCUUCCAUGGCUUCAUUUUCUAUCAAAGCUCUCAACCCAUCUUCUUUAACCCUAAUUCUCCUACUCUCUCUCCAAUGCCAUCAUGCACUGGGCCACGGAGGCGACGAACACACCACUGAUCAUAAGGUGGACCUCCGAUCAAAGGGCCUGAUUCUCGUGAAAAUAUGGUGCCUCAUCAUACUUCUAGUGAGCACAUUCGCCGGCGGCGUAUCGCCGUACUUCUACCGAUGGAACGAGAGCUUCCUUCUCUUGGGCACGCAAUUCGCCGGCGGAGUCUUCUUGGGCACUUCUCUAAUGCACUUCUUAAGUGAUUCUAAUGAGACGUUCGGCAAUCUAACGGAUAAAACCUAUCCGUUCGCUUUCAUGCUUGCAUCGGCAGGAUACCUUCUUACGAUGUUUGGUGAUUGUAUUGUGAUCUUGGUUACUAAAGGUGGUCCAAGAGAAGCUAAGGUGGAGGUGGAAGAUGGAAGGGAAGCUGCACCUGUGGAGCUCCAUCCGGAUUUUCUCAAGACGACGUCGGUGGGAGAUACAGUGCUGCUUAUCCUAGCUUUGUGUUUUCAUUCUGUGUUUGAGGGAAUAGCCAUUGGAGUUGCAGAUACUAAGGGCGAUGCAUGGAGAAACCUGUGGACCAUAUCCUUGCACAAAAUAUUCGCUGCAAUCGCGAUGGGGAUUGCACUGCUGAGGAUGAUCCCUGAUCGUCCACUCCUGAUGACCGCCGCCUACUCAUUUGCGUUCGCGAUUUCAAGCCCAAUCGGAGUAGGUAUCGGGAUUGCCAUUGAUGCCACGACCCAAGGAGCAGUGGCUGAUUGGAUCUACACCAUCUCAAUGGGCCUUGCAUGUGGGAUCUUCAUUUAUGUGGCCAUCAACCAUCUUAUUGCUAAAGGGUUCAAACCACAAGCAUCAAGCCCGGUCGACACACCAUUUUUCAAGUUUUUCGCAGUUCUUGUUGGGGUGGGAGUUAUUGCAGUUGUCAUGAUCUGGGAUUAGUUAAGUUGAUCUUCUUUGCUUGAAGGGGAAUGAUCACAUAUAUUCGAACGUAUGUGAGUUCCAUAUAGUCAAGCUGUGGGGCCCACAUUAAUGUGGCUGUGCCAUACAACCCGUCCAUUAGAGACCAAAAAUAAAUCCAAUACAAAACUCAGUGGGUCACCAAAGAAACUUCUAGAUUGUGUGUGGAGCCCAACUUGUUGUUUUUAUGCCAUCCAAUCCAUUCAUCAGAGGUGACCCACCAGGAUGAAGGUAAAAGUCUAAUAUUAGGCCAUUCCAUAACUCAGGUAGGCCACACCAUAUAAAUUUAGAGGUUUGAAGUGUGAUUUUACAUUAUUGCACAUUUGAAUUUUUCAUCAGUCUAGUUUCUGGUC